GUAAUUUGAUUUAUUUCUCAAAAAAUUACGAAUUAAAUCUCGCAUUAUAAUGACUUUAAUCUUGAGAUGUUUUUAUUUUAGCUUGACCCUAGUCCUUCUUGUAAAAUCUGUCAUAAUUUUCUCAUCCUCAUGUUGUUGUUAACCUGUAUGAGUUUUUUUUGUUCCGAUAUACACAAAAGAAAUAUUUUGAUAAAUGAUGGUUAAAAAAAUGAUCUCAUACAGGUUUAGAGCAACAUGAGAAUGAGAAAUUGAUGACACAAUUUACAUUUUUGGGUGAACUAUCACAGGUAUAUUUGUAGCAGUAACCAACAAUAGAUUGUAUGGGUCAAAAUUAUCGUUUUUUUAUGCCAAAACUCAACAGCUAAGUAAAGAUCAUGUUCAAUUAAGAUAUUUUGUAAAUUUUCUACCACAAAUAUCUCAUAAAACGUAUUACUCAUUAUUAAUAUGUAUUGCUAAGGACUUAAUUUGGGCAACUUUAAAGGUGAUUUUCUCAAUAUUUACAUUCUUUUUUAGUUGUAUCUUGUCCAAGUAUUGUCCAAUCCUAACAUUCAGAUCAUGUUUUGAACAAAUUGACUCUUAUGAAUGUGGUUUUGUGGUGCAUGCUCACAAACAAGUUGAGUGGGGUGUGUGUUUGUGUUUCUCUGAAUCUGUCUCCACCCAUCCACCUGAUCUGUGCUGUCACACCUGAGAUCCUUAAAGACUGACUUCAGAUCAGACUUUGUUUCUUGUAUGUCAGUCUGAUCGUGAUUUGAUCUAACACACAUACGCACCGCUUCAGGAGAAACAUCUCAACCGACAGGUGUUCUGGCAAAAUGUUUGAGAGUUCGAGUCGGUAUGAUUUGAGCAACAGCUAUGCAGAUUCAGUACAGUCAACUAGCACAACUGUAGAUGAAACUUCCUCAGAGCUGUCGAGGUUAUCCAGACUCAGUGCUAAAUCAAUAUACUUACAGAGGAAGGAUUAUGUUGAGUCUAUAAACCGAGAGAUGCAUCGGUGUCGGUAUAAAGUAGAGCAUCUGUUCACCUGUGAGCUGGACCGACAGCAGCUGUCGUCUGUACAGGAUUGCGUUGAAAGAUUGAAGUUGCUGGAGUCGACGGGUCGUGUAUGGGGUCAGGAUGUGAUUCUGGAGGGUCGAGAUCAGGCGCUUUACCUCACAGACGUCGAGACCAAGGAGGAGUUGGAGUCGUGGUCGUUGAGCAGUAUAUUGGAUGUGUCGGCUGUAUUAGAUGAGUGUGUUUAUGAAUCUCUCUUGACUCUAUCGGUUCAGGAUCAAAAGAGUCGAAUCAUCAGUGUGUUUCUCUUUCAGACUGAAUCUCUCAGGGCCGAUUAUAUGAAGAAAGAUCUGGAACGAUUUCUUCAACGCAAAACCCGUGAACAUAAGCAGAAUAAUAUCAGUAAAGCUGAUCCGGGAAACUUUGGGCAAAGAAAUUUAAGAAGCUCUUCCCCGCUGCCCGUCAAUAAACAGAAACUUCCAGAACAUUGGAGCGCUCCGGAUUAUGAUCAGACCCCUGUUCAGACUCCGCCCCCUCUCAAUCUUUCCCCGCCCCCUCAGAGGCUGUACACAGAAAGACAGAGAGAUGUGGACAUACUGAAUCAUUUGAUUAGUGAUAUUGAGGCGUUUGUGGACAGAGUGAUAGCCGUCGCCCCAAAAAUGGAUGAAAAGAAAAAGAAGAAGAAGAAGAAAAAGAAGAAGAGGAAAGUUGUGAAGGGAAUGCCGACAGAAGAAGAGUUCACCAUGUGUCUACGAAAAGUCAAGACGGCUUUUAAUCUGCUGGCUAAACUACAGGGAAAGAUUGAAAACCCCAACGCUGUUGAACUCGUACACUGUCUCUUCACUGUAUUACCACUGAUUGUGUUCAACUGUAGUGAAGAUCUUCCACAGUCUGUUGUGGUUCCUCUGUUAGAGCCGAUGUGUAUUCAGUUCUUGAGUGAACACGCAACACUUGAAGAAGAUCAACUCUGGCAGUCGCUCGGAGAUCCCUGGAACAUUCCUAGCACUAAAUGGGCAGAUGAUGAUGAAUAUAUUCAAACAUUCAUUCCGGUGUUUGAUGACGGCUGGACGCCUCCAGAGAUCGGACAGCCGAGGAUCGCAGACACACCCAGGUCACCAACCUCCAUCACACCACCGAUGAGUUUCAGAUCGAGGCUGGAAACAACACAAAGUGUGUUUAGUGCAGAAGAUGAAGUUCCAGUGAGUUUCUUGCGAGCGAUAUUUGAUUUCACAGCUCGUAAUGACCGAGAACUUACAGUCAGUAAAGGAGAAGAACUACAGUUGUUGGACAUGUCUAAGCAGUGGUGGAAGGUGAGGAAUAAUGAGGGACAAGUCGGUUACGUGCCGAACAACAUGCUUCAGUCUCCAGAUCAGCAGAAGAGUCAGGAGUCUGCGCAGGCGUCUGCGCCUGCUCUCAGUAAAAGAUCUCGUCCAGAAGAAGUGAAAGUCUGGCUGGAACACAAAGGCUUCAGUAAAAUUACGGUUCGUUGUUUAGGAGGUCUCAGUGGCUCUAUGUUGUUGGGAAUGACACGUGAUGAAUUAAAAACAGUUUGUCCAGAAGAAGGAGGUCGAGUUUUCUAUCAGCUCCAGAACGUCAAAUCUGCCCUUGCUAUGGCGAGUGCAAUUACACCACUGAUAUGAGCCGAUGAAGACGCCUAUAGUCCCUUUACUUUCAAUUAGUAUAGAUGUCGUGUUUAUCUUAAACAAUUUUAUUUUACACAGUACUUGCUGGUAUGUUUUAGUACAUUCAAGUAUACUUUCAUUUUACCCAUAACAAACAGUCAUGAUGUUUGUCAUUAUAAACUCAAAUCCUAGUGUUUGUUUCAUAUUUAUUCAUAAUCAUUGCUGUAAUUAUAAUAUAACUAAGCGUCAAUGACAAAUAAACACAACAGAUGAUGUUGAAUACACACACAGACUUUAUUAAAGAUAUCAUUCACAGAGAAUUGUGUUUAUUUUCAGAUCUUUUGCUCUGUAUGUCAUUGUUUUAAACAUGUCUCAUCAUGUUGUAUGUCAUGCUUUGCUCUGCAUUUAACUUGAAUAAAUCAUGCUGUUUUUACUCAAUAAUGAUCUAACAUCGAUAAAGUAUUAUCGGGAAUCAUUGAGCAAACAGUAAUAGUUUGGAGAUCUUAACAGUCAAUUGAAUGAUAGACAUUAAAACACAUGCGUGUGUGUGUGUGAGAUCCUACAGACACUACGUGAAUUAAAAAAAAAACAAUUUU